GUCGUUGCCAUUGUAGGGAUGGGUGGUCUUGGGAAGACUACUCUUGCUCAAAAAGUUUUCAAUGAUAGAAAGAUCAUGGAUUAUUUUGUGGUCAGAUGUUGGAUUUGUGUGUCUGAUGAUUUCAGCCCAGCAAUUUUUUUCAGAAUUAUCUUAAGAUCCUUAGGUGAGGAGGUUGCUCACGAUCGACAAACCUUGGACUAUCUACGGUCUCGCCUUCAAAAAAAACUCGUUGGUAAGAGGUUCCUUGUGGUGUUGGAUGAUGUAUGGAAUGAAGAUAAGGGCACGUGGGAUACUCUAAAGACAUCUUUAAGCUGCGGAGAGAAAGGUAGUUUUAUUGUUGUAACGACUCGUCUUCGAACAGUAGCAUUGUUAAUGGCUACUCUUCCGCAUUACUUACCAAGAAUUUUGUCAGAAGAGGACUGUUGGUCUCUGUUUAAGGGACGUGCUUUUAUGCACGGCGAAGAUAAAAAUUUUCCGGAGCUGGAAGCAGUUGGGAAGGAAAUUGUAAAGAAGUGCUGCGGGAUACCUUUGGCGGCAAAAGCGUUAGGAGGCUUACUUCAGUUCAAGAGAGAAGAAAAACAGUGGUUGAAUGUGAAAGACAGUCAAGUUUGGGAGCUUCAAGACAAUUCUUCGGAUGCCAUUUUACCUGCCUUACAAUUGAGCUAUACGCAUUUAUCUUCACAAUCGAAGCAAUGCUUUGCUUACUGCUCUAUUUAUCCCAAAGAUUACCUGAUGAAAAAAGAAGAAUUAAUUUUAUUGUGGAUGGCCAAUGGUUUUAUUCAAUCAACAGGAAAAAUAAUGGAGUAUGAAGAUGUAGGGAACGAGAUCUUCAACGACUUGUCAUGGAGAUCAUUUUUCCAGGAUUUCCAGAAAGAUGAAGGAGGCGAUGUUAUAAGCUGCAAAAUGCAUGAUCUGAUGCAUGAUAUCGUGUGUUCUGUUAUGAGCGAUGAAUGUGUAUCCGUGGAGGGUGAUUACAACAAGGUAAGUAGUACUACUAGAUAUGUAUCAUAUAAAGAAGAGAAUACAGAUAUUGAGUACUCUUUCCUGGAAACCAUGCUUCGGAUCCGGGAGUUUCGCCUAGUUCCUUCAUAUUUCAGCAGGUUCAAGUUCGGCUUUCAGUUAACUUUCCUUCGAUUUAUCUUCUCGAAUCUAGAAUGUUUACGUGUAUUAAGUUUGGCGGGGUUGACCAUAAGCAGAAUCCCGAAUUCGAUAAGCAAAUUGAAACACCUGAGGUAUGUCAACCUUUCCGAAACUAAUAUCACAUCAUUACCGAAGGAUUUCUGCCGCCUUAUUAAUUUGCAGGUCUUGAAACUACACGGUUGUCAUGUUCUUAAAUGUUUACCAUCAGACUUGAGAAAAAUGACAAAUCUUAGACAUCUCGACAUUACAGGGUGUUAUAGGUUAAAGAAAAUGGCAAUCGAAAUGGGGAAAUUGAUUUCCCUCCGAACCUUAAGCUUAUUUGUUGUGGGUAAGGAGCCUGGCUGUGGUAUAACUGAGCUAAAAGACCUACAGCAUCUCAAAGGACGGCUAAGAAUUCUUGGAUUGGAGCAUGUGAAAAGUGCAGCAAAUGCAAGAAAUGCUAAUUUAAUUCAAAAGAAGCAUUUACAAUCUCUUUAUUUGUGUUGGUCUUCAGGAUUACCAGAUACUGAAGAAGAAGAACAAGCACAGCUAAUGGUAGGAGAAGGCCUCCAGCCUCACCCAAAAUUGAAGAGAUUUUAUAUAGAUGGUUAUGGAGGUGUGAGAUUUCCUCAUUGGAUUGGGGUUGGGGUUUCUUUAGUUGAAAUCACACUUUGGGAGUGCCAUAAAUGUGAACAUCUCCCGCAACUUGGUAAUCUACCGCUCCUUAAGAUCCUUAGAUUGGAUAAUUUGCAUUCAGUGAAAAGCAUCAGCGAGUUUUAUCAUCAUGGUGAUCAAGUCAUUCCUUUCUUCCCGUCACUUGAAGAGCUGUAUAUAUCUGGAAUUUAUCAUCAAUCUGGGAAAAUCUCGUCACCAUGCCCGUUGUCGCAUAUAUAUAGAAUGUAUCAUUUUGAAAAAAUCUCAUCGCCAUCGCCAUUGUCUCCGUCUUCUUCUUCAUCGCAGUCAUUAUCCUCAAAUCAAGUAUUAUCAUUCCCACGCCUUCGAAUAUUAGAAAUUCGUAAUUGCCCUGAACUGGCAAGUUUUAUCUCAUUGCCACCUUCUCUGGAGAUGUUAGUACUAACUAAAACUCAUGAAGAGCUACUUUUGAGAUACUUGAAACAAUCCCCUUCUUCUCUUGAAAGGCUAGAAAUCGGAGGAUUUCCGAAUUUGGUAUCCGUUCAGAAUAAUGGCUUGCGGGAUCUUGCAAACCUUCGGGAAUUGAAAAUCUCGGGUUGUCCAGAACUGGAUUUUCAGAAUCUCAUAUCGCUUCGGAGUCUAGAACUUCAUUCAUUAGAUAAGAUAAGAUAUUUUCCUCCACUGCCCUUGCUUACAUCUCUGAGAAUAAAUUAUUGCUCAGGACUCACGACUUUGGAAGAGUGGAUGCCUAACCUCACAUCACUUCAGUAUUUGGUGAUCGAAAAUUGCAAGAAUUUGAAUUCUUUAUCAGAUGGAUUGCAACGACUAACGGAGCUCGUAGAUUUGAGGAUUCUAGAUAGCAAGAAUUUGAAAUCUUUGCCAGAUGACGGACUAGAACGACUCACGGCUCUAAGAUUUCUGAUCAUCAAAAAUUGCCAUCCAGAUCUACAUAGACAAUGCAGGAAUGAGGAGGGACACUACUGGGACAAGAUUUCACACAUUCCAGAGCUCCGCAUUUUUUGACCGCAGGUGAAUUCACUAUUGUUGGUGACUCUAAAUAAAUAGCAUUUUUCGAACUGCUGGUUUGACAGGAUUUAGUGUCUGGAUUGCAAAAAUGCUGAGGAAAUUUUGAUGUUGUGCUCUUCUUGUUUUCUUGUAACAAUACAAUUUUAAAUGUUAUGUG